AUGGCUAAACGAAAGGUAGCCGAGUCUGAGGAACGAGGCCUUUAUUGUGACGACGCGCCUGAUGCCUCCGAGUCCAAGCAGAAACCGAAACGUAUCAAGGCCGAAAGGAGCGAAAGUUCAGGUGACGAGGACGCGUCAUUUCCCAAGAAGGGGAAAUCCAAGCCAUCGCAUAACAAGAAGACAAAAAAGACAGAAGAGUCGAGUGACGAAGACGAACAUAUUGAUGCUAAAUCUAAGGCAAAGUUUGACGCCGAAGUUGUCGUGCACAAGACAUCCGACGGCGACAAAUACAUCGAUCUUGGAAAGAAGAAACGCGCGACUGUCCGAAGCUUCAAAGGCAUGCCUCUGCUCGAUAUACGGGAGUUCUAUGGCCAAGAGGGGGAUGAAAAGCCAGGGAAAAAGGGCAUUUCUCUGUCACUGGAACAGUGGGAGACACUCAAGAUGGGCGCGAAUACUAUUGAUCAACUCUUUGCGACAGUGAAGAAAUGA